UGGCAGCUACUGUCGAUACAGGGAAUCUGUACAUAGGUCUAGCCGCAUGGUUCUGAUUAGUCAUAUAACUGCAGUAAAUAUAAUAUAAAAAUGGUGAUGUUAGCUGUGUUUGCUAGUGUCAUUUGGGCACUAGUUCGCUCAACCGUGGCGUCUAGUACUAUUUCUAAAUCCUGUAUGGAAGGAUCCAUAGACGUUUGUAAAAACUUGUUCACACCAACGAUAAUGUACGACAUUACCGAUGUUGCGAAAAUUGGAAAUAAAGUCAACGUCACAUUCAAAUUCGUUCUGCCAACGCCGUUAAAGACAGGAUUAGGGACUCAAGAAAUGAAAUUGGUGUUGUUGCCACCAAAUGGCCUUGUGUUUCAGCGACAUAUAUAUAGCUUUGAACGGAAAGGUGAUAUUAAACGUCCAGAUUUGUUAGGGUGGCCGAAAGAUAAACUGUUAAAUGCAUACAGCGAUGUAGAUUUAGGUUUCAAUUUAAGUAAAUGUAAGAAACCACAUUUUGUUGAGAUGUUAACUAAAUUAGACAAAUCACUUCAGAAGGAUUUAAAUGUAUACUUCGAGGAAAGUAUUACAAAGGAGACAGCUGGUUGUAGUGCUGAUUAUAAGGAUCUUCGUGAAUUUGCUAUACUCAAAUUUUACGAUGUCACCAAUCUCGAAGCAGGAGAAUAUAGCUGGACCGGAGAAUUUACGUACGACGAUAAGUAUGCUACAUCAGGAUGCGAGGAAGAUGGUGUAUAUUGGACUGUAGGUUUCCUUCAGGAUCUUGAAGAAACUACCAUGAAUAUUGAUGUGAAGCCAUUGUGCAUCAAUACCGAUUUCUUAAGUGCUAAAAGAUUCUUCGAAAACGCUAAAUCGAUCAACGCAAAAGUGUUGGCAUGCCAUGGUAUCAAGGUUAUUGACAAAAAGUUCUGGAUGCAUUUUACAAAUAGGAGAAAUCAAAUUGACCUUGACGUAACUUUACCCCAAAGUUCUACCAAUUAUCUUUUGAAGUUCUCAUAUACGAUUCCUCAACAUUUUAUUAAGCAGGGUAUUAAUAAGAAUGGUUACGAAUUAGAGAUAUUCCUUCCUAAACUAAGUUCAAGUGACAGUCAGUAUUUUAGUGUUUUCGCGCUGGAUAAGUAUGUGAAGGUUGUUGAACCUAUAGUACCGGACUCAAAGAUAACAUAUGACCCAUAUUCGCACGCUAUUAAUAUAAAAUUUCCUUCUAUUGUAGGUUCAACAUCAAAGUACACAAUAACUGUUGAUCUCUCAUAUGACGAAUGGCAAAUGCCACCAAUGUCGGAGUUAUCUUUAUUUUAUAAAAUCGACGAUAAGAAGGGAAUUAAAAGUCAAUCAGGAGAUGUCGAAAAAUGGUCUCAAAACAAUUGGAAGCAGCUUACGAUGCAGAUUAAGGAUGGAGUGGUCAAUGUUUGUAGGGAUGAUUUGCUUUCUUUUCAGAGAAAAUUAAAAGAUCGAAGGGAAAAGAACACGAAUUAUAUUGGGUAUUCCGUACCAUUUUACACCAAAUUGAUUUUUAACACACCCUUUGUUGAUGCGCUUCUUACUUGGGAUAGAAAUUCACAAUAUUUGCUCACAAUACCACUAGGUGAAAAAAUAGUUGAUUUGAAUGAUGGAGGUGUCGUCAAAGUUAUCUUGCCUUAUGAUAGCAUAAAAUACGAUGGAAUUUAUUACGAUGCGUCUGCAAAAGAUUCUAGCCCAUAUGACAUUUCUGAUGUAUAUCAAUAUGACGAAAAGACAAAUCAAAUACAUGUUGUUCUUAAUAAAAAAGAACUCAAUGACAAAUAUGUUGAUUUUUACGAAGGAUACAUGUUGACCAUUCCAUUCAAAUCUUCGAAGACACCUCAAGAUAUCAUAUCAAUGGAAGGUUGGGGAAUACAUAUUUUCCAAAAAGAUACAUAUAGAGGGGUUUCCAAGCUGAAAUUCGCAAUAGUAGAUAAUAGUCCACCCAAGACGCAUUUCAAAUCCCCGAUCGACAACGAUCAUGCUCUAGGCUAUAUACAUAAUAUGUAUUUGAUUAGUGUUGUCGGCGCAACAAAAUUGGUCAUUCCAAUUACAAGCACUGUAUAUCGCUAUAUGUCUUUUGUGUUUACUUUUGAGAAGGAUAUUUCAGUUAUACAAAAAGAUAUAGCUGUCAUUUCCAAAGCGUCUUUGAGGGUUAAGCAUGUAUGGGAUUCCAUGAAAAAGCAAUUAACCAUCUAUGUGUACAAUCUGGAAAGUUAUAUUGGCAAACGUGAACAAAUGACGUUCGUCUUAGAUAUUAUGGAUAGCGAAAAAAACGUUAAAAAUUAUGGAAGCCUCAAGAUAAAGGCCAUAGGUAAUGAUGAUGGCCCUAUUUUGAAAUCAUUAGUCGACAUCGUAGCGAAAUUUAGUGACCUAAAGCAUGAUAGUGAUGAGCUUGCCCUAGGAAAUGAAGUAACCUUACGCGGUUUCACAAAAUCUACGGAGAUGGAUAAAAUAUGUUUCUCUAAACAACACAAAGUAGAAUCUAUUAGUUUCAAAGAUAACACGAAAGGUGUAUAUUUCAUGACCAGGGUCCAUGAUUGCUCAGAACCGUGGUUGCCUCCCAAAAUCUCCAACCUAGAUCAUUUAUCGUUGAAAAUUGCUCAGAGUGGCUUACCAAAGAACACGGGUGUUCACUACACAUACAGAACUGUAUAUCAGCUGAAAUCUUUAGAUGAUGGCCCUAGCCAUGAUGAGUUGGCUGCAAUGCAAUCCAAAAGGUUUAUGCAGCAUACAUUGCAUAUCUUAUUUUCAGAUGCAGCAUGUAAACUGCUAUCUGAAAUAUAUAAAACACAAGGCAAGAGUGGUUUAGAUGGCUUCAAAGCAAUAGAAGAGUUUAUGAAGGAGGUGCCAUCUGAUUGGGUUCCUAAUGUUUUUGGUGACAUAAUAUUUUCAUACCAUGACUCGAAAACUUCAAUUUUACAUAAGAAACGGAAAGUAAUGUAUGUGGAAUCUGGUGAUAUCAAAAACGAUGAAGAAAAAAUUGAAAGGAUAUAUACAUUUAAUUCAGCAUUUGAGAACGUAUUGUCUGAUGGUCUUGGUGGUAUGGAAGCCGAUUCAUUGAACGAAUCUUUUUCUGUUAUAGGGUUCAUGAAUGAUAAAGAUUUACAGCAAUUAUGGAUUUCUUACAAACCUUACGAGGAAAAACAACAAUUUCCACUGAGUGCAACCUAUAAACAACCCAUCAUGGUUAAGGGAUAUGUGUUCAAAAAUGAUACUGAUAUUCACAACAUUUUAAAGUGCACAUUGCAACCUUUCGGUAUGCAUGUGAAACCUUCAAUGCUACAACCUACAAAGUCGACCUUUCCAGAAUACCUGUGGCUAGGUGUUACUCGAUUCGUUGAACCCGAUCAUUACAUAUUAAAUGAAACGAUCAGUGCUCGAAAAGGCGAUGCAGACAAAAGGGUAUCUUCCACUAUGAAUGCAGAGAUUAUUAAGAAGAAACGUGUUGAAAAGAGUGAUGCCGUUGACAUAUUCAUCCAAUUUUACAAACAAACAGCGCCUCAUUGCACAACCAAAGGCAACAUCUUCCAACUUCUCGUUCACCAAUUUAUGCUUGACAUAUAUGAAACGAUUGCAAGACAGCCAAUAAUUGUAGCUGCCUGUAUGUCAUUUGAUGAUGGGGAUGAGCAUAAAGCUUCAGGGAAAACAUAUGGACUUUCGUAUAAAGGAAAGGAAGUACUAGAAGGCGAAGAUAAAACGGCAAUGCCCGGUUCAAUUGAGCCCUCGGUAAACGAAACGUGCAAUUUUGCUUCGUUGCAAAAAUACCUGCCAAAAACUCUCUAUCAUGACAAGAGCAUUGAUUACAAAGAUUAUAUUUUCCAAACGGAUCAAACCGAAGUCAAAUCACUCAGUGAUGCAAAGAAAAUGUUAGUAUCUGAUGUGAAAUCCGUCCCAGCCAAAACAGCACCAUCAGUAUCUUCAGGCUAUGGUCAACUAGGACUGGAGGAGAUGUUCGGCAAAUAAGGUACAGGGAUCAAUGAAUACAUUUUGAAUGUAUCCAAAAUAAAUUAUGAUGGCGCAAUUUAACUUAAAUGUGCAAUACUGUGAUUUGCAAUAUAAAAAACCCAAAAUAGCUGUAUAUUUUAAUUUUUAGGAAUAAGACAUUGGUAUUGGGUUUAUAGAAUUCGUGGGAUACCCUAUUUUAAUAGUGGUA